CUGAAUGUCGCUCUAAAACUGUCCGCAGAAAAUCAGAGAAAAAGCCAAGUCAUUAUUCUUCUCUUCUCUAUUUCUCCCCUGUUUUUCAAUUCUCUCUCUACGAAAAUGGCGGCCGCCGUCGAUAACCUGUCGCGCGAGCAGUACGUCUAUUUGGCUAAGCUCGCCGAGCAAGCGGAACGCUAUGAGGAGAUGGUGCAGUUCAUGGACAAGCUGGUUCUCGGUUCCACCCCCGCCGCGGAGCUAACAGUCGAGGAGCGCAACCUCCUCUCCGUGGCCUACAAGAACGUUAUCGGCUCGCUCCGAGCCGCCUGGCGCAUUGUCUCAUCUAUCGAGCAGAAGGAGGAGUCCCGGAAGAACGAAGAGCACGUCUCCCUCGUCAAGGACUACCGAGGAAAGGUCGAGACCGAACUCUCUCAGGUCUGCGCCGGCAUCCUCAAGCUGCUUGAAUCAAAUCUGGUUCCCUCGGCUACCUCCAGCGAGUCCAAGGUGUUUUACCUCAAGAUGAAGGGCGAUUACUACCGCUACCUCGCCGAGUUCAAGGUUGGAGAUGAACGAAAGGAGGCUGCUGAUGAUACUAUGAACUCCUACAAGGCUGCUCAGGAAAUUGCUCAGGAAGAUCUGUCCCCAACACAUCCCAUAAGACUGGGUCUGGCGUUGAAUUUCUCAGUUUUCUAUUAUGAAAUUCUCAACUCAUCUGACAAAGCAUGUAGCAUGGCAAAACAGGCAUUUGAGGAAGCCAUAGCUGAGCUGGAUACCUUGGGUGAGGAAUCAUACAAGGAUAGCACCCUCAUAAUGCAACUCCUACGAGACAAUCUGACCCUCUGGACUUCUGAUGCCCAGGAUCAGUUGGAUGAGCCUUGAUCUUAUCAGGCCAACAAAUCAUUAUACUCUCCUUUUCGGAGGUGGGCUUUGAAUGUCAUGUGCUCGCUAAUUUGGUGUUGUGUAUGAACUAGGGUUGUAAUCAUAUAGCAUAUGAUGUGUUUCACAUUCAACUCUUAUUAUGUAACUGCUGGGAGCCACUAGUCGCCAUAUUUCCUUUUUGUUUCAUUGUAUUACUUAGUCUCUCAAAUGACAGCAUCUUUUCAUUCUGAAAGCAGUUAUUGGGGAUUGAAUUCUGAUAUA